GCGGAGGGAGGAAGUGACGCCGCGCAGCGGAGCCCCGCGGCCUCCGGUGACAUUCUGUGGCGUCGGGGGCGCGGAGCGGCGGCUGCGGGGGGGGCGGCUGCGGCGGCGCGGCUGAGACCCGGCUCCUCCCGGCCGCCCAUGCCCCAGCUGCUGCCCCCCGGGGGGGAGGCCAGGAGGGGCCCUGCGUCGUACAGGCUGCUGUAUUGCUGAAGUCCAUAUCUUGUUCACCCAGUCUUCCAGACCGUGUGCUUCAUGCUUUGAAACCAGGAGGACCUUGGUGUUCUGAAAUGAAGAUGGAGGCAGUGGGAAAAGCAGAAGAACUUGUUGAUUCAGAAGUUCCACCAAAGACUUCUGAAAAGCAAGAGACUGCUCCUGAUGAAGAUGGACCUAUAGUACUUGAGACACAAACUCAAAAAGACAACGUGCCCACUGCAGCAGACUCUGCAGUGCUCUCUUCAAUGCCUUGCUUACUGAUGGAACUGAGGCGAGACUCCUCGGAGUCUCAGCUAGCAUCUACAGAGAGCGAUAAGCCAACGGGUGGUCGAGUUUACGAGAGUGACUCUUCCAAUCACUGCAUGCUUUCCCCUUCUUCCAGUGGGCAUUUGGCUGACUCAGAUACAUUGUCUUCCACAGAAGAGAAUGAGCCCUGUCAAGCUGAAGUUGUUGUAGAGGGAGACCCUUCUGCAGUGUCUGGGGCUGCAGUUGGGAGGAAAUCCAGGCGAUCCAGGUCCGAAAGUGAAACUUCAACAAUGGCUGCCAAGAAAAACCGACAGUCUAGUGAUAAGCAGAAUGGUCGAGUUACCAAGGUAAAAGGUCAUCGAAGCCAAAAGCACAAAGAAAGAAUCCGGCUCUUAAGACAGAAACGGGAGGCGGCUGCUCGCAAGAAGUACAACCUGCUGCAGGACAGCAGUACCAGUGAUAGUGACCUGACGUGUGACUCGAGCACGAGUUCAUCAGAUGAUGAUGAAGAGGUUUCAGGGAGCAGCAAGACAAUCACUGCAGAGAUACCAGCUGGCUUCAGUCGUGCUGGGGGAUCUGGAGGAGCGACCAGGGAAAUUCCAGGAUUGCUUGACAGGGGCACCGUGUGGGAUAGGAACUGCAUAGGCAAUGUCCUGGAAGAGGCCAUGAACUGCUUUGCCGAGAUGCAGAGGCAGACAGAGGAGAAAUUUCGCAUGUGGAUAGAAAAGCUAACCCGUCUUGACACGGAUGAAGAAAGCAAGCAACAACUGGAGCCCAGGGAACCUAAAAUUCAACUAGUUGGCCAAAGAAUUCCCCCUACCACACAGUCAGGGGCUUUCAUACAGAUGCCUGAUAGCCAAGUACUUCCACAGCAGUCGUUUAAUUCUUACGUGGGCUAUCAAAAUAUCGAUGCUACGCUAGAGUUUCCAGCGACUUUUAAUAACAAUUUUCCACCUAUCUUUCCAGAGAAUGGGAAUAUUGCAGAGCCUGAUCUGAAUCAAUCAUAAACUUAAUCCGAUCUUUGCAAUCUUGAUGUUACUUUGGAUUAUGCUAAAAAGGUUUGCUUUUCUCUUUGUAUAAGUUUGUUUUGGUUUUCUCUUUUGGGUUUUAUUACCAUGGUAUCAUUUUUUAAAAAUUUAUAGAGAAUAUAUAUGUAGUUUAAAAAAAACCCCACAGUAUACCUAUGUGCAUGUGCCAACACACAUACAAACACCUUUAAAGGUGUGAGGGGGAACCACCCUAAGCUUUCAUCACCAGACUUGGGAAAACAUAACUGAGAAUCCUUGUUUACAUACCCCAAAAUCAGUAGAGCUAUGUUUGUUACAAUAGGAGCAUUCAGAGUAUUCAUCCAAAUGCUCUUUUUGCAUGUUAAAACAUUUAUAUAAGGAAAUAAGUUUUAUAUUUAAAGAUGUACCCUAGAGAACCAGACUAGAUAUAGACCCAUAGCAUUUCCUUAACUAUCUGUUUACUCCCAAGUUUUGCAGCUUGAACAUGUCACACGUUAGGUUAUUUUCUUCUUCCUUUUUAGGCAGAAGUAAUAAAUAAGCUUACCCUAAAGAUUUAGCUAUAUAUAACAAAUGUGCACAACUGCUUUUUUUUUUGUCUCCCAUUUCGUAGUUCAUUUUCUGUCCAGAGUUUUUAUUAAUGUCACUGCUGUGUUGCACAUGGCGUAUUUAUGGAAGCAGCUGUCUUAUACUGCGUGCACAAAUAUUCACAUGUAUGCAUAUAUACGUGUGUUCAGUUUGGGUGGAAGUCAUCUCCUCUAAUUUUAGGUGUCUAGUUUGCUGUUCUGUGGGAAUCCUGAGAUAAUGGGAAGAGCUAAGCACCUACAGAGCAUACCUUCUGGCAGUGUCUUUCUCUUCCAUUAGUUGUCCAAACGUCCCUUAUAAACAGUUUAGAAUAGAUAACUUUCGGCUAAAGUUAGGCGAGGUGAAUCACACCCAACCACGUGUGCAUGCAUGACCCGUGCACGCAAAGCACCGCUGCUUCCUUCUGUAUAUACGAUCAAAUUGCAUCCUUCAUGCUGGAAUGAAAACAGUCCUGUCAGUCCCAAGAUAAGCAGCCGUCGGUGGAUGGAUGGAUUGAGCCUUGGCACAGGAAUUUAAAGGAAGGUUUGACAGAUUAAUGAACGCUGUGGUGAGCUGAAGGUAUGAGGUGCUGGUCUGGGUGAGACAGCAAGAGCUUCUUCUGAACCAUGUCUGAAUGCCACUGAAAUGAUUUUUUUACUUGUGAUGGGGAAUGCCAGAGCAUUAGUUUCAUUUAAAUAAUACAAUAACUUGCUAUUGUGUGGAUUUUUUUAUACUGAUAGUUAUCCUGAAUAGCCAGGCUUGAAACUGUGAUGUUUAAGUACGAUUAAUUUAAACUAUGUAUUAGGAAUCUCUAUUUAAUUGUUACUGUUAUCACUACACACAGGGAUUUUUUGGUCACCUCUCCCUUAAGGCCUGUCUUCAUGUGAAGUAACUUCUCUCUAGCUACCAAAAAUGUAUAUUUAUCAUCAAUUAGAACUUGCUAAAAGUUUCUAAUGCAAAUUAAAUCAAAAUUCUUAUGGAAAUGGAAAGUCUGCAUAGACAUAGUUUGAGUAAAGAGAAGACUAUAGGUCUCCAUUAGCUCUGUUAUUUUUCUUUUUAAACCAUAGUCACUUUUUUUUUUCCUAAUUACUUUAGUGCAAUUCCUUUUCUUCCUGUUGUUAGUAACCACUGUAUCUUCUGUAGAUCGGACUCUUUUCUUUUUCCCUUCCCUGAAGCCAGCAGGAGUUUUUCCAUCAAUUUAUAUGGGGGUUUGGAUCAAACCUGUAACAGGAACUCAAGAAAUGCUUUUUGUUAUCAGUAUGAUACUGACACUGGUGUUUUAACAUUAUUCUUGGCCCAGACUUAUUUUUUUUUUAAGUAGGUGAUGCCUUCAUUAAAAAAGAAAUAAGGUUAGAGAGCUAUGUUAUUUUCAGAGUAACUGCUUGAAAGCCUAUGCAGGAGGUAAUUUUUAAGUAGCGGAAUAAAUUCUUUACAGAUCAUUUUCAUGCAUAAUUUUGAUACAAAGAUUUUGAUAUGAACUUGUAAGAAAAAUCCUUCAUCUGACAAUGUGUGCAUUUUUUAACUAUAAGUAAAAGUUAAAUCAGUUAUUUUAUGUUUGAUUGUAAUUUAAUAAACUUGUCCUGAUCUGUAUAAAAUUUAAGAUCCUUCAGGGAAGAUUAUUUGCUGAUAUAAAAAAAAAUCAGAUCCUUCUGGUGUUCAUAGAUUUGCUAUAGAUAUAUAUACACACCUUUAUGACAAUAAGAGCAGCAUAUUUUAAAGCAUGACAACUUUACAAGUCUUCCCAUGCAUGCAGAAGCAGCUUUUUGUAGUGACUGGUUUCUUUUAAUGUGUAAGAGUCACUUAACUCAGUAUGUCUGUAAGCAUGCCCUUAAUCUUUUUUAUAAAAUAGUAUAUAUGGAGUAAUUAGGUGUUUCAAAAAAUUGUGAAAGGAGGUGAGUUGAAGUUAUUUAUCUCUGACUGAAACACCUUUACGUACUGAUCUCAUAAAUGGAUGAUAACUUUAUUAGGGAUAUAGCCAGUGAAAUUUCUGCCAACUUUCAACAUUCGGGUUAGGUAACAUCUUUAAAAAAAUUUUUCAAAAAUUGAAAUAAUUCAGUGUAUUAAUAGAUAAAAAAUUGGAGUUGGUUACUCUAGGCAAAAAUGAAAAACUGUCAAACUUUUUUAUCCAUUUAUGUUGGUUUUUUCAAUGCACGUAGCUGUGAAUGUGAAAGAACAAGCAGAGGAUUACAGCAGGCGAGCAUACAGACUGUAAAUCUGCACUCCUUCUAGGGUAAACUUACUUCAAGGCACCCAGAAGAUUGAGGAAGUAGUUCCUGUUAGAUAUAAUUUUAACUUAAUUUCCCCACAAAAGCUACCUAGCGUUAAGAAUCCCUGUGCAAGAGCAAGGGUUGUAAAUAGUAGUUUUGUUUGGCUUUUUUCACUUGUCUCAAACCUGGAGACAGAUCUUCAGCUGUCAGAAGUCAGCUCCUUUGAAAUGAAAUGUGUGUGUUGAAGUACACAAUUGAAUAUCUGGUCCAUUAGCUUGUUUUCCAUGGGAAAAGGUAGGUUUCUCCUCCUAGGAGCUGAGAGGGCAACCCCACCUUUCUGUUAAGGUGUAGUAGGAUUUGGCAGGCUGUGCAAUUAAACAGGAGGAUCUCUCUUGUUGCUUUGUAUUGUGAAUUUGAAAGAUGCAGAGCACCGAAGAAACCGACCUUCAGAUACCAACACUGGUGAUAAAUCUGUAUUUUAAAUGUGUGUGCGACAGACUUUGGCAUCUCUUUGAGAAAAGAGAUUCCUAAGACAUAAUUUUAGAUUUUUUUUUUCCCCCCGUCCUGGAAAUAUUUUUGCUGUAUUACAUGACUGCAGUUAAGUUUGUCAUGAUUUCCAUUAUAAGCUCUGAUUUUCAAAGGGCUUUGUCUAGAAACUUUCAGGGAGUUAAAAUUUCUUCAGCUGAAAUUUUAACAUAAAUUUUAAUCUCAUUCCGUAUUUCAGUCUGGCCUUAUUUAAGACUAUAUUAAGAUCAUCAGAAGGAAACUCUUCUGCUUUCCAACCCAGAGUUACCUUUUGAAUGUAUGUUUAUGCUCACAUCUCAACAAAUACAUACCACCAAAUUUAACAAGUAGAGGAGAAAUCAGUAGUUUUGCACAGAUGUGGAGAAUCACAGAUGAUAAUUUAGAGUUUCUCUAAUUGCCCUAGGUUUUAUACUUCAGAAUGGAGUAAAGAAACAUUCUUGUUUCUUUAAAGUAUUUUACUUACCUUGUGGUUUGAAACAGUAAAUGCAUCAAGUCAGAUCAGCUGGUGUAGACUGGUGUAAUUCCAGGGAAGACGGUGCCGGUUUAAACCCAACUGGCUUAUUCAAGUUUCUAUUUUGCCAUUUUUAAUACUGAAUUAGAUGUUUUCAAUGUGGCAGCUGUUUGCACGGGUGUAACAACACCCAUAUGACUGCAGAGUUGGGAUUUAGUAGCAGGUGAAACACAGCUAUUUUGUUAGCAUCUUUUGUGCAAGUGCAAAAGAAAGAAGCCUUUAUAUAAAGACUUAAUUUAAAUGUCACAAAAUGUCAAACUGACAAUUCAGUAAAUGAAGAAUGAAAGGCGCUAGUCCUAGAAUUGGACCUUAUGUAGGAGUCCUUGGAAGUCCAGGGGCUUUUUAGCGUGGAGUGGUUUUUUGCAGGCUCAGGCUUGGCUGCAGGUUCUCCUCCAGGCAUUUGUGCUGCUUCCCUCCCUCGAGUGGGGCUUGGGAAGGAAAGGCGGUAGGAAAUUCUACCCUUCCCACGUUGUUUUGUCUGAGGGUUUGGGGUUUUGCUUCACAUGCUUCCAAUAAAACAUUCAGGUUUUAUUUAGGGGGGAAAAAAAAGUUAAUAUACAAUGUAAAACAUUCGAAUGAAGGCAGUGAAACUUUAUUCAGUGUUUUUAUUGCAAAAAAUAACUGAGCAGAGGACAGAAAAAAAAAGGAAAACUUAAAUCUUUCAGGUAUACUGCUCUUCGGUGUUAUUUUUAACAGUAUUAGGAUUAAAUAAUUCAGGCAGAAAUAUACAUCUCUAUUUUUUUUAAGUUCACCGUGUUCUUUGGUGUUUUUGCAGGACUGUUAGAGGUUUUUUUUAUCUGAGCUGCUAAUGUUAAGACUGGAGGACCAAUCUUAACUUCCAUGAAACGGGAUGAUAUUUGGCAGUUAUUUUACAAAUUGAAAUGUAUUUAUUAUCACUGAUUUCUCUUGUUAAUGUAUUUUGUCUCUUCCUGUAUCCACAUACUGUAAACAUCUUUUUUUUUUAAAGUAAUAUUUCAAGGGCAUUAAAAAGUUAAAUUCUAGCCUCAUUGAAACCAGUACAAAAUUUCUGUUGAUUUCAACGAGGCUAGCAAUUCACCUCAUAAGAAAUUGAACUUAUUCUGCAGUUUUUGGUCAGAGAAUCCUUCAGCUGACUUUAAGGGGAGCCUUUGCCUGAUAAGGGUGUGUAUAUCAGGCCAGUUGAAUAGUAUUUUUUUAAAAUAAUCGGGCUCUGCACUGUGACCACUGCAGUUACAUUUGGAAGCAUUAGAAUAAAUGUGCUGUGUAAUUUGUACUGUAAAAGUUAAAAUAUUCAGGCUGACUGAUAGAGAUGGACAGUACCUUGCAAAACAUGAAGGUAGAAAUCGGUCUUUCUCACAAAUAUUAUUAGUCUCAUAGUGUUAGAUCAGCAAAAUGAAGGCACAUGGAAAAUAGGCUUAUUAAGUUAGAAGUAAGAUUCUGAGUGCUCUGUUAAAUCUUGCAGACUGAUCGAGCCGGGGGUUUAACCUGGACCGUCAACAAUUUUGCAUCUAGGCUGUACCGGUCCUUCCUCAGGAAGAUGCAGUUUGUACUUGCAAAAAUGUGGUGUUUUCUGGAGGAGUGCCUAUGGGGUGUGGGUUUGCCUGCCUUUUCCUAAGUUGUAUUUACAGAGGGGAAUUUUUUUUUUAACUGUCACAGCUAUGGAAGAGUAGGGUGUGAUGGUUUCCAAAACCCUCCUGCAAUACACUUUUGCAAGUAAAACAAGGGAAGAGAUCUGGCUAAUAUAUCUGCUUCCAUAAUUAAUGAAUCAUUAGGUGGCAUCAGUGAAAAUAAAUCCUAUCAUGAGAUACAAGGUGCACACCACUUCCAGAUAUUUUCAAUGCACAACCAUGUUACAUGUGCCUUUGUUUAAUGCACAAUGAAGUCUUUAGUUAUGUCUUUAUAUAUAAAAUUUGGUAAAACAAAUCCAAGAUAUUUUCCAUCUAGUCAUCAAAAAGCCUGAAAGAAUGUAUGUUGAUCAGCAAGACUUGAAUUUUUGAGAUUUCUUUUGAUGUGUUAUAUUAAAAAUGAUCCAGUCUGAGAACAGAUACUCAUUUGGUCAUGUUGUUUUGAUUUUAUUAUUUUAUUAUGAUGAUAAAAAAUGCCAACCACAAAAGCUUUACUGUGUGAAAUGAAGGAAAAUGUGAGAAAAGUGGAUUCAUCGGUAACUCUUAGUUCACUUUAUGAUUUUUGAGAGAAUGUUGUUACACUACUAUUGUUUUUUAUUGUAUGUACAAUGUAUUCUUUGCCUAACCCUGUAAAUUUUGAAAUGUAACUACUGUAACCUGAAAUAAAUAAAUAUCUAUAACCAGUAAUGAAGUGUUCCAUGUUGCUGAAGAGCAUAAAAAAAGCACAGAUGAUCUGCCCCUCAUCCCGUUUUGGGAAUUGUUUUAGGGUUCAGCUAUUUUAUGCCGUUUGAGCUGCACAUACUUAAUGAAACCGCAGCUCUGGAUCAUGUUUUAAGUAAUACCAGGUUUGUAUUGUUUUCUAAAACAAAAAAGCUGUCACUUCUGCCUGUAGUCUUGUAUAUGAAGCCUUUCUGUGUGGAUCAAAUUUACUGAUGUGUCUACCGUAAAAACUAUUUUGGCAAGUCACUUAAGAUGAAUCCUCUAGU